AUGGGUAAUCAUCAUUCAUCAAGAUCUAGUCUAUCAAGUUUGGAUAAAGAUGAACUUCCAAAGAGAAGACAUUCAUUUUCACGAGCAAUACAUCAUUUGAAAGAAAAACAUCCGCAUAAAGAUUUCGACAUUACCCCAGAAGAAUAUGAAAAACUUAAAAAUGCAACUCGUCGAGCAUCAACUUCGAUAUAUUAUCCUUCAUUAUGUUAUCCGUGA